CGGGCAAGCAGAACUACUGUUGCCUCUCAGAAGCACAGGAGCCAUGCCAUUGCAUCGUGUGUGUGGACUAUUUGUAGUCCUCAGUGCAUGUCUGAUUUCCUUCACACCACCUUGUGAUGGAGGGAAUAUUCUAGUGUUCCCUCUAGAUGGCAGCCACUGGGUCAAUAUGAAAAUCCUGCUAGAAGAACUUCAUGCCAGAGGACACAACCUCACUGUGAUCAGAGCAGCUACCAGCUGGUACAUUGCAGAAAAGUCUCCUCUCUACACAUCCAUUACAGUUGACAUGGGUGAAGGUUUAGAGAGCUUUUUUGAAGUGUACGUAGAGGAGCAUUUAAGGAUGCUGAGAGAGGGGGCUUCACUACAGACUUUCCUCAAACUCACCAAGAAUUUCUUUUUUGUGAUUUCUCAUGCCCAUUCAAUGUGGUCUGAAGCCCUCAGUAAAAUCUUUGAUGAUGAAAGUAUGGUCAAAAGCUUGAGGGAUUCCCAGUAUGAUCUUGUUCUCACUGACCCAGCCUUUGCCCAAGGGGUUGUAUUGGCCAAAUAUCUUAAACUACCCUUGGUGCUCAAUGUUCGCUGGAUCACGAGUGGAGAAGGUCACUUUGCAAUAGCCCCCUCACCAUUGUCUUAUAUCCCAGUGCCAGGAUCGGGCUUCACAGACAGAAUGAAUUUCAUGCAGAGGAUCAAGAACCUGUUUUUCCACAGCAUUAUAAUCUUACAGGAGAAAUUUUUUGUGGGACCAAGCUAUGAUGCUCUCUGUGAUAAAUAUAUCGAGGGUGGAUGUGACGUCAUCUCGCUUCUUCAAGAAGCAGACGUUUGGUUGUUCAGGUCAGAUUUUGUGUUUGACUUCCCUCGGCCCACAAUGCCAAAUGUUGUCUACAUAGGAGGGUUCCAGUGCAAACCUGCCCAGCCUCUGCCUGAUGACCUGGAGAAGUUUGUUCAGAGUGCUGGGAAGCAUGGAGUGAUCAUCAUGACUCUGGGAACUUGGAUUAAUGCUUUGCCCAAAGAGGUUACAGAUGAAAUUGCCAGCGCCUUUGCCAAGAUGCCUCAGAAGGUGAUAUGGAGGCACAAAGGAGAGCGUCCCUCCACUUUGGGCAACAACACUCUGAUAGUGGACUGGAUGCCACAGAAGGACCUCCUGGGACACCCACAGACCAAAGUCUUUGUAGCUCAUGGAGGAACCAAUGGAGUCCAGGAGGCCAUUUACCAUGGGGUCCCUGUGCUUGGCAUACCCUUGUUCUUUGACCAGUAUGACAACCUUCUACGUUUACAGGAAAGAGGAGCUGGGAAGAUAAUUCAGUUAAGUGAUGUUAACAGCCACAGCUUUGAACAAGCUCUUAAGGAAGUGCUCCAUCAAGACAGCUACAGACAGAACAUACAAAGACUUUCACGUUUGCACAGAGAUCAGCCAAUAUCACCCAUGGAUCAAGCCAUCUUCUGGGUGGAAUAUGUCUUGCGCCAUAAAGGGGCUCCACACUUGCGUACAGAGGCUAAUAAGAUGCCCUGGUACUCAUACUACUCUUUAGAUGUAAUGCUACUGUUGCUGGCUGCAGCAACUGUACUGCUGGUCUCUAUUUUGGCCAUUUUCAGGUGUCUAUGCUGCAGAAGUAGAAGAAAGACCAAAGCGAAACAGCAUUAACUGAACUCAGAUUUGAUUAGAAACAUGCUAAGAUGGAUUCUCUAUAACGUUGUAUUUAGAGAAAAACACGCACCUUAAGGUAUCUCAUUUGUACCUCUUUAUUACUUGUGAAGUAAAAUGAAAUGAAAAUCACUCAAUCAAUUUAGCUGCAUAAAACACAAGUGUAGUUUAAGGUAAUACAGCCUCUUUCCUGUUUUAAAAUCAGUUGUCAAAUGUAUCUCAAUAGAUUAAGAUUUUGGUACUAAAGUAGCCCCCAAAUCGUCGAUGAUUGUCUCAUCUAGUCAACAUUAUUCUAAACCAAACCAAAGUGUUUUGGUUUAGCACACUGUUGAGGAUUUGUGUGCUAAAACCAAUUCAGACUUAACCAAAUUAAGUCUUAUAAUCCAUACAUUUUAUGAAUUGUGUGAAAUGCUUUGUUCCCAUUUCAUUUUUUCUUAUUGGAAAGAUUAAUAAAUUUUUAAUUUA